AUGUUUGAGAAGCUUGCUAGACAACCCUUCAUCUACGAAGGCUUCGAACAUCAUGAUCUGAUCAAUUUCACCAAGUCCAGACGUCUGAAACUUGGCAAAACUGCUCAGCAACCUCUCACCAAAUACACCUCCAAGUGCGCCGCAAUGGUACAGAAGCCUGAUGUUGACGGAGCUGUGGCUCAGCAUGGUCAGUCCGACUACAGCAACGAUACACCCAACACUGAAUCCAGGGUUCUGUUGAGACGAUCGUCGAGGCUUGCUGCAAAGACGAGAUCUGCUGCUUCCACUGCCGUGAACAAGGCUUUGUCUUUGAACACACCCGGAAGGACCUCAAUGCCUGCUCGAGGACCUGCGGCCUAA